AACGAUGAACGGUGAAAAUACAAAUGUUUUGGAAAAAGUCAACCGUCCGAAAAUUUUAAAAUUUGGUGUUGAACGAAUUUUAUCUAAUGAAUUCUCUUCGAAGAGAACAGUACGUCCAAGUCCAACAUCGAUGAUUCCAUCGCAAGAUGUAUUAAGACCAUUAGCAGUUCAAUUUUCUACGGUAGCAUGUCCUUGUCCCGGAAGCUGUACAAGUUGCGAUCUACGUACCUGUUCCAGUUUUCCCUUUAGACAAACUCCGAUGGAAACUCAAGCGAUGAUUAAUUAUCAAAGAAAUAAUACAGAUAAUUUUGGAAAUUUGUAUCGACCAGCUGCUGUCCGAGCAAUUUCAAGAGUGACAACGACGGCAUCUUCCAAUCUUGGUAAUACCAUGGAAACUAAUACGAGAAGAAAACGAUCAUGGUCCAGAGCUGUGUUUAGUUCUUUACAAAGGAAAGGUCUUGAAAGGAGAUUCUCUUUACAAAAAUAUAUCACAAAACCCGAUAGAAGACAAUUGGCUGCUACUUUAGGACUCACCGACGCUCAAGUAAAAGUUUGGUUUCAAAAUCGGCGAAUGAAAUGGCGACAUACCAAGCAAGGGGAAAAUAAUAAUUCAUCGAUCGCUGAUCCAGAUUCGACUCAAAAAGAGAUUCCUCAGAAAAUGUUAGAAGACUCGACGAAAAAUAUCGAAGGAAAAACUAUUAUUUCCGAAGAUGAAGAAGAUAUCGAGAUACAAGUGGACGUGUAAUAAUUGACAGAUUUAUUUUUAGGAUCGAAUUGAAAUUUUCCUAAAAUUUUUCUUAAUCAUUUUACCCUUAACUAUUAUCAAGGAUGUAUAUUUUUAUCAUUAAUUUAACACGAUCACAGAUAGAUAAUUUAAACUAUUAAAUAAUUGGAUUAAAAGAGAAAAAGAAUUAGGUAUAAAUGAACGUUGGAAAAAAUUUGAAAAAAUAAAAUUUUAUUGCAAUCCUCUUUUUUUUAUAUCUAAUUAAAAGUAUUUACAGAUCGUUGUGCUUUUUACACGCGAGUGAAAAGUGUUAUCUAUCCUCAGGGGCACACUUUAAAAAUUAAUUCAAAAAUCUUAUCGCUAGAUGUCACGAUAAUCGAUAUCGAUGAUAUCAAUCGGUAAAAUCACAGUAAAUCGUUCUUCAUAUAAAAUGAUAUUACUUAUCUUCAUCUCGAAGUACAGAAUUGAUUUUUUCUAAUAAAUUGAUCGGUUGGUCGUCUGCA